UAAAUAGAAGAAGUUCAUAAUUUGUUUUAAUAAAUUUAUCGGAGUAGGCAUUACAAAGGUAUUACUCAGAGUAGGCAAUGAAUAAGAUUUCGAUAUAAUAAAUCAGUCUUGUGAGAUAUUUCAACUCCAACGGACGUGUUUUAAAAAUGUUUUACGAAAGCGACCAGACUUCGGUGGACUUUGAUUCACCCGUUCGACGUCCCCCUGAUCCAUCUAAGCACCGUACUCCUCGAGGACCCUUCCCCGAUUGUCCGUCCGAUUCCGGCAGCCCAAGCCCUUCUGCAAGCCCGUCCAGGUAUCGUUCCUCUCGCCGCCCCGUCCCUGACCCAUCUAAGCACCGUACUCCUCGAGGACCCGUCCCCGAUUGUCCGUCCGAUUCCGGCAGCGCAAGCCCUUCUGCCAGCCCGUCAAGACAUCGUGCAUCCCGUCGUCCCGUUCCCGGCAGAUCGUCCGAUUCUGGCAGCCCAAGCCCUUCCGUCAGCCGGUCAAAAUAUCGUGCAUCCCGUCGCCCAGUCCCUGAUCCAUCCAAGCACCGUACUCCUCGAGGACCCGUCCCCGAUUGUCCGUCCGAUUCCGGCAGCGCAAGCCCUUCUGCCAGCCCGUCAAGAUAUCGUGCAUCCCGUCGUCCUGUUCCCGGCAGCCCGUCCGAUUCUGGCAGUCCAAGCCCUUCCGUCAGCCCGUCCAGGUACCGUUCCUCCCGCUCCGUUCCUGAUCACCCACCCGAUUCUGGCACUCCAUCCGUCCAAGGUCCUGUCAGUCCAUCAAGAGAUCGCUCCUCCCAUCGUCCCGUUGCUGAAUACCCUCCCUCAACGCGUCGCCGAUUGGUUCGGCGUACUUCAUCGAUUCGGAAGCCCGGAUCGAAUAAGCGCGGUUUGUCCCGAAACUGCGGCUCCACGGUUCACUACAAUGGCGCAAAAGCUCCCAAAAAAAUGGUGAGGAUAUCAAUGAAAAAGCGCAUGAGAAAAUUAGAAGCUGCAUUAAAUACACAACGAAAGAUUAGUGUAGCUCUCGCGACCAAACUUAACAGUUCAAAAUCGGCAAAGAAGGUUGAACGUUGUUCAAACGUGUCCAAUUCAGACGAAUUCAUUGAUAUAAUGCAUUCUACUGCGAAUGAAAUUGCAAAUUCGAGAGACCAAGGAGAAUCCUCUUUAUAUAGUUGCAUGAACAACAUGUCGAUUGCCUCGCUGAACGUUCCCGAGUGCAAAUCUUCCGACGGUGAGGAUGAUAUCGACAAGAAGACAUUCCAAAAAUGGAAAGAUUUGCUAGAAACUUCCAUGCAACUUGUGGGGAUAUCGGACGAACUCACCAAAAUGAGAAUUUUCAGAAUCAAAGCUGGCUCAAAGCUUCUCGAUAUACUUGAUAGCACAACAUCUACUCCAGAAAAUCCGAAUGCAGAAAGUCAUCCAUAUUCUAAUGCAAUAGCCAGGCUUACCAAUUCGUUUGGGUCACGUGAUCAUUGUUUGAUGCAGCGUCAAAAAUUACGAUCAAUCUCUCAGAAUGCGGGUGAAACGGAUUUGAAAUUCGUUAAACGCGUAGUGGCUGCCGCCAAAUUAUGCGAUUUUGGAGACGAACAGUUACUGGAAAACGUUGCUUUCGUAAUUCAAUCUCACGCAGAUAAUUUCAAAGUGCGUGAGGCAAGUCGAAAAGUUUUGAGAAAAGGAGGAUCAUUAGCCGCUCUUCUGGAAAAGGUACAGGCAUUUGAGAUGGAGAAAUUCAAUGAAGAAAUAUACCUCAAGAAUCGUAAGAAAUCGGUUGAUUCGGAGAUCGCAGCAGUUUCGUAUGAGCACUCUACCGAAAAUGGCUCUCAGAUCAUAAAAUCUGAUAGCAGCCGCAAUGGUAAACCUUUUAUUCGUAAGUGGAGAGUUCCCCAAGAUCAAGGAAACAAAUAUCGUCAAGACUUUCGAGUACAAUAUCGUAAGCCUUGCUGGAGAUGUACAAGUACUCGGCACUUAGCAUCUGAAUGCCAUGCUAUCGACAAAUCAUGCAGGAAAUGCCUCCGUAAGGGACAUUUGGAGCGUGCGUGUCGUACAGCUCCUUCACAAGAAUUCAUGAAACGGAAAAAUGAUGAUCAUGUACAAGGACCACCUCCAAAAGUACGUCGAGUCGCUGCUGUUUCUAAGGAAGAAGAAAAUGUCGAUGAAACUGCUGUAAGUACUGAGGAAUCGUUUUAAUUUUUUUUUUCCUCAAAUCUGUUAUCCUACACUCAAAUAUCGUUCGUUGUUUAAGUUUUGCAAUAUAUAUAUAUAUAAAUAUAAACUACAAUAAGAAAUUGUUUCGUUAUAAAAAAUAUUCAAACUAAUUAUAAUGGGUUUGUGGGAUAACACAGUUACACAAUCCCACCAUUUUCGUUAUUUCAAUAUGUUGCCCAACGCUUAUAAUUUCAGAAAGCGAAUCAAGUGACCGAUGCUUCAACAAAAGAAAGUGAAGGUAUUGUUGUUGGUUAUAUAGCCAACCACGCCGUAACCUUUUUAAUCGACUCUGGAGCUGAAGUCAAUACGAUUGAUGCAAAAACCUUCGAUCUAUUGAAAAGUUGUGAUUUGUCCUCAAAAACACUACACUGUGUAACAAAGGGCUCCGAUAAACAACUCAAAGGAUAUGCAUCUUCGCGAAGCAUUACUGUCAUAGCCACUUUCGUUGCGGAGUUAACUAUCACUGAAGAUCGUCCAAUAUGCAUGGAAAAGUUCUAUGUUAUUGCUGAUGCUAGACCGUUGCUUGGAAGAAAUACUGCAAUGCGAUACAGCGUUCUUCAAGUCGGUUUGAAUGUUCCGGUCAUGAACAAUGACUCCUUGUUAUUCGAAGAUAGAUUGUUUGCAGGAGAAAUUUGUCAAAUUUCUGAGGAAUUUCCAAAAUUCAACGUGCCUCCGGUGGUUCUUACCUAUGAUAAAACUAAACCGCCUAGUAGGAAUAUCUACACUAGCAUACCACCAGCGUUCAAAGCUGAAACGGAACGCCGCCUGCAAGAUCUGCUAAAUUCGGGUAUUAUUGAGGAAGUCACUGACGACAUGGAUAAAACCUUUUGCUCAUCUCUGUUGGUGGUUCCAAAGGGCAAAAAUGAUAUCAGGUUGGUGGUUGACCUACGGGGACCAAACAAAUGUAUUGUUAGAACACCUUUCCGUAUGCCAACUUUAGAAGAAAUCAUCUCUAAACUGAAUGGGGCACAAUGGUUUUCUACAAUUGACCUUACGAGUGCCUUCUUUCACGUUGUGCUAGAUGUCGAUUCAAGGCACUUAACCAACUUUUUUGCUGGAAGCGCAACAUACAGAUUUGUGAGAUUACCAUUCGGUUUAUGUAAUGCGCCGGAUAUAUUUCAAGAAAUCCUGCAAACGGUUGUUCUUGCUGACUGUGACGGAGAAGUCAACUAUUUGGACGAUGUUCUUGUGUUUGGAAAAACAAAAGAAGAACACGACGCUAACUUAAAGAUGGUUUUAACUAAACUUCACCAACACGGAGUCAAGCUCAAUGAGGAUAAAUGCGUUUUUGGAAAACAGAAAGUGAAAUUCAUUGGGUUCAUGAUGUCUCAAGAUGGCAUGAGCAUAGGUGAAGACAAGAUGACAGCCAUUCGUGAAUUUCGACGUCCGGAAACUCAAAAGGAAGUGAAAAGUUUUCUUGGUCUCAUGAACUUCACGGAACGUUUUAUUUUCAAAAGAUCGGAGAAAACGGAAAAUCUUAGAAUGCUGGCGAAAUCCGAAAGUUUUUACUGGACUAAAAAGGAAGACGACGAGUUCAACUAUCUAAGGCAUGAGGCUUUAAAAUCCAUACAGAAGUUGGGAUAUUUUGACUGCAAAGAUAAGACUGAGAUAUACGUGGAUGCGUCUCCAAUAGGCUUAGGAGCCGUGUUGGUCCAAUUCAACAAUGCCGAAGUUCCACGAAUCAUCGCAUGCGCCUCAAAAACGCUUACGGAGUCAGAAAAAAAAUAUCCCCACACACAGAAAGAGGCAUUGGCAAUGGUUUGGGGAAUAGAGAGGUUUUCUUUCUAUCUCACGGGAAUUUCAUUUGUUGUGCGAACUGACUCAGAAGCAAACAAAUUUAUAUUUGGGAAUGCUUUUCGAACUGGUAAAAGAGCUGUAUCUCGUGCAAAAACUUGGGCCUUGCGUCUGCAGUCGUAUGAUUUUGAAGUAAAAUAUAUACCUGGUCAGCUCAAUGUUGCAGAUGCCCUGUCCAGGCUAAUUUCCGGAACCAAAAUUGAUGAGCCGUUCGACGAAGAUGAUGAUAAGCAUUUGCUCUAUGCCCUCGACGCGGGAUCAAUGAGUAUUACAUGGAGCGAUAUUGAUCUUGCGUCUGAAAACGAUGAUGAACUUGUAGCGGUCCGUUUGGCCUUGACAUCUCAAAACUGGCCACAAUAUCUCAAGCGGUUUGAAGCACACUCCAAAGUAUUACGCACUUUGGGUCCUCGAGUUUUCAAAGAAGACAGAGUUGUUCUUCCUAGAGAAUUACGAGAAGAAGCUUUGAAAACAGCACACCGGGGACAUAUUGGUUGCGCAGCAAUGAAAAGAAUAAUGCGGGAAUACUUCUGGUGGCCGGGAAUGAGCUGUGAUGUUGAAAGCUUCGUGAAGGAAUGUGAAACGUGUUUAGUCGUUUCCAGGCGCAAUCCUCCAAUACCUCUCUCAAGUAGACAGCUUCCCGACGGUCCUUGGGAAAUACUACAAAUAGAUUUUUUAACAGUACCCCAAUGCGGAUCUGGUGAAUUGUUGGUUGCCGUAGAUACGUAUUCCAGAUAUAUUUCAGUCAUUGAAAUGAAAAGUAUCGACGCAAACAGCACCAAUAGAGCUCUGAGUCGGAUAUUUUCAACGUGGGGUCUUCCGAUAAUAUUACAAAGCGACAAUGGCCCCCCGUUCCAAAGCAACGAGUUUGUAUCUCAUUGGGAAGCUAAAGGAGUUAAGGUUAGAAAAUCUGUACCACUAAGCCCACAAUCUAACGGGUCCAUUGAGCGUCAAAAUCAAGGAAUUAUAAAGGCUAUCGCAGGAGCUAAGCAAGACGGUAUAAACUGGAAGCAGGCUUUGGAUAUUUACGUACAUACACAUAACACCUUGAAGCCCCAUUCCCGUCUUGGUGUAACACCAUUUGAAUUACUCGUUGGAUGGAAGUACAGAGGAACUUUUGUAAGCCUGUGGGACUCUUCUGUACAAAUUGAUCGCGAUGAAAUUCGAGACAAAGAUGCAGAAGCAAAACUGACCAGCAAGAAAUUCGCUGACAACCGCAGAGGUGCGAAGGAAUCUGAUAUUGCUGUUGGCGAUAUUGUUUUAAUGGCUACAACAAAGAAAAUCAAGACUGAUCCAACCUUUUCGAAGGAAAGAUUUGCGGUUAUUGCAAGAGAUUGCGCAAAAGUUAUCGUCCAGAGCGAUAGAGGGGUUCAAUAUGCUCGUAAUAUUCAGGAUCUCAAACGCAUUCCAAAAUCUGGAGUAAGUUAUUUAUUUUAUUUUCUAUAUACAUUUGGAUGGCACUGUAUCCUUUGAUUACAUAAUUUUCUUGUGUAUUUUGUCUUGUUCUUUGUUUGUUUUUUUUUCUCAUUUCUAUAUAUAAGCAGAUCAACUCGCAAGACUCGUCAAAAGAUUCUGAUGAAGAAGAUCCUUUUCCCGCUAAUCAUUCCGAACACGGAGAACUCAUAAAUACGGAUUCCGAGAGACGAGAUGAUUUGGGAGGUCCUGCCAAUUCAAGACCCAAAAGAGAUAUUCGUAAACCCGAAAGAUUCAAAAAUAUGUUUAUGUAUCAUGUAUUUGAAUAGAGAGUAGGGGUAGAAUAGAAUGUAGUAAAUAGAAGAAGUUCAUAAUUUGUUUUAAUAAAUUUAUCGGAGUAGGCAUUACAAAGGUAUUACUCAGAGUAGGCAAUGAAUAAGAUUUCGAUAUAAUAAAUCAGUCUUGUGAGAUAUUUCAACUCCAA